GCGCCGGCGCUGCGUCCCCUUCCGGGCGUCAGUUUGGUGGCGGGAAACGAGGCCCCUUCCGACGGCGUCUGCGGGGAAGGUGUUCGCGCGAGCCGGGAUGGAGCCGCAGCCCGAGGAGCCGGGCGCUGCCGAGCCCGCGGUCCCCGCGGAGGACCCCAUACCGCUGCUGCUCAGGCUGAGGGCACAGACAAAACAACAACUCUUGGAAUAUAAAUCAAUGGUUGAUGCAAAUGAAGAAAAAACUCCAGAAGAAAUCAUUCCAGAAAAGCAAAUUGAAACUAAAAUUGAAGACCUGGAAAAUGAAAUCGAAGAGGUGAAAAUUGCUUUUGAAAUGAAAAAGCUUGCAUUGGACAGGAUGCAACUUUCAAGGGCACUUAGAAAAAACUUGGAGGAGAGUAACAUUCAGACUAGUGAGCUCAUGGACAACAUGAAACACAUAUUAAAGCUAAAUAAAAUAAUAAUGAAAUUACAGCAGGAAUCUUGGGAUUUGGAGGAAAAACUGCUCAAUGUUAAAAAGAAGAGAUUUGAAUUAAAACGAGCUUCAGAAAGUAAAUUUUUAGAAAUACAGACUGAAAAGAACAAAGAGAAAGAUGCUUUGGCCAGUAUGGAAAAUUCAGACAAGAUAAAGACCUUACAACAAAAGCUACAGAAGGAGAUACAAAUUACUACAGUUAUUCAACAUGUCUUCCAGAACCUCAUUUUGGGGAGUAAAGUCAAUUGGGCAGAGGAUUCUGCCUUUAAGGAAACUGUUCUGCAGCUUGAGAAGAAUCUCACCAUGAUCUAAUAAGAAUUCUGUUUUGGCAUUACUUGUUUCUGUCUUUGAUGUCAUUUAAAUAGUAAAUUUCAGGUGAAAUGUGUUUUUUCAGUGUUUUUAUAACUAUUAUGCACAGCUUUUUUUUAAAGCUUAACACUAUGAUAUGGAAUCUAUUGCUUUAAAUAUGAUCAUUAAAGUGACUGGCAUC